AUGUUUGGAGUUUUAUUCGAUCUUGAUGGUACCCUUGUCGAUUCAGAUCCAAUACAUUUUGAAGCAUGGCAAAUAAUUCUUGCUAAGGUCAAUGUCAAUGCAUCUUUAAUUGAUCGAGAAUUUUUUGACAAAUACAUCUCUGGCCGAUUGAAUGCUGAUAUAACGCGAGAACUACUCUCGCAUCUAUCUCAAGAGGAACAAGAAAAGAUAGCUGAUGAAAAGGAAUUGUUAUUUCGUCAAUUAGCGAAAGAAAAACUUCAACCAACAAGAGGUCUCGAUAAAAUACUUGAAUACAUAAAACAAAAUCGGACGAAAUUAAAAAUUGGCUUAGCAACAAAUGCUCCACGUUUAGUGGUCGAUUUCGAAUUAGGAAUUCUAAACAUUGACGAAAAAACAUUCUUCGACGUUGCUCUUCUUGCAGAAGAAUUUGGCAUUGGCAAACCAAAACCGGAUAUCUACUUAGAAUUAGCAAAACGCUUGAAUGUGGAUAAAAAUUCGUGUAUUAUUUUCGAAGAUUCCGUAUCAGGUGUUCGUGCUGCUGUCGCUGCUGGUAUUAAAUGUAUCGGCUUAUUAACAUCAGCAAAACAGGAAACUUUAGAAGGGUAUGGUACAUGGAGAACAGUAAGGAACUUCGAAGAGGUCAAUCUCGAUGAAAUUUGGAGUGCAAUACAAUCGAAGUAG